AAACUCGUAAGGGAUUAAGAUUGGUUGUAUUUCAUAGAGCAACAUAACGACUGUCCCACGCUGAACCACGUUACAAAAUAAUUGGACACUUAACAGCCCUGCAAGGUAAAGUUUUCCGCCGUGUUAGUAUCAGCUGGAUACGUAAGUUUUUUUAGUAAACUGAGUCCGGGUUACCGUUGUUUGAGGCAUAUAAGAACAAUUUGAAAAGAGAUUAAUUAAGAUCUAUACCGAUCACGAACCGAUGAGAAAUUAUAACGAAAAAUAUAAAGAGUAUAUCUAGUGCAUCGGACUUACAUUUUUAGCCAUGGCUUACUGUAUUUCUUUCAAUGCCCAGAGUUUUUAAUAGCUUAAUGAUGAUAUGAGUCACAACUUGCUAUCAAGGGUUCGCUAAUACCACCGACCGGUUAGACCAAAUUGAUGCCUCUGUAUCAGACACGUUUCGGAGUGAUAAGACUAUUUUGAUUCCAGGCCGGAGUAAAACUCAGAUUCUUGAAAUACCAGAGGCCGGACCUUUCCGGCAUCGAGUUAAGCACCGGAAGCUGAGGGGUGAAAAAUGAUCCUUCUUUGGCGGGAGCGUAAGCAACUACUGUCAGUAAACAGACUGUGUGUAUGGAUAUUACAUUUCAGGUUGUGUUCACACUAUUCCGGAUAGCUUUUCGUGCUCACACGAAAAGCUAUCCGACCUAUAGUAUGAAAAACUAUCCGAUAUGUGACUCUCCACUUUAGAGAUCGGCGCGGUGCAGCUUGGCUCCGUUACUGAAAUCGCAGUGAAAUCACCGUUCCUAUGUGCGAACAUAAGCGCUCGAUCAAAAGCUGGUGUGAACAUUGCCUCGGGGACAUCUGUUCUUGCCUUACGUUAGAGCUAUUUUCGUAUAGCCUUUAAAAAAUGGUGUCGGUAAGUGUUCGCCUGAUUUGUUUUAUUAGCCAGUGAAUUAAAAGAUCAAAACAUGGCCUCUUCGUUUUCCCGCCAAUUUGAAGAAGGCAUUGUUCGAUUGGCCAAUCGUGUUGCUGUAAGACUUCAAAGCGAAGUAUCGGUUGAUUUUUAGAAAGUUCUCGGGCAUCAAGUUUUUUCACCUGAGCGAUCGCUUAACCAACUAAAAUACACGGGUGUUUGUAUCCGUUUGAUAAACCAAUUAAAUCGCUGUAUUUCCAUUUGUUCGUUGUUUCUGUUUUGUUCGCGCCUUUUGAUUUCAAGGUCAUACGAAAAUCACUCUACUGCAGAAGCACCAUAUUGGCCUUUCUCUGCGAGUGCGAAAACGAAACAGUCUAUUUUAAGAAUAUCCUAGCAGCGUAGUCAUAAAGUUUCAUUCAGUUGCCUAAUUGAGACUGAAUCUCAGUCUGAGGUAUCUUAAGAAAGCGUUUAGUAAUAUAUAAUAUAUGUAAAGAGGAGUAACAAUAUCUCCCUCCGAGCCAUAGUAGAGAGGAUAAGCAUCACGUUUCCGUCAGACGGCAAACGCGAAUUUGUACCACGUGACCACGCUUCCCCUUUGCUUGUCGUUUACUGUUCAUUAUUCAGUUUCUACGCAUAAAUUACUAUUUUCACGCAAUUUUUAUCCAUAAGAAUUGUUUUGAGCUGUUUUUAUCCCCUGAUUUUCUAUUUUGUCUGAGAAAUUCUCAACUUGAAUCUGAUGUUUGCCUUUUGCCCUAUACGUAAAGCUUAUGCUCUCUAAAGCCUUUCCAUAAUCGGGCUGUGAUUAGUAAAAGGUGCAGGAUCAAAUGGUAACAAGGAACUUAGGAUAUGAUUUUCGCCUACGGUUUGUCAAAAUUCUAAUUAUAGUUGCCCGAGCAAUUUGAAUAAAAAGCUAAUGAAAUUACUUUCUUAUUUUACAAACAAACCAUUUGAUUACUGGAUGAUAGCAUGGGUGCAGAUUUCUCCUUCAAUACCGAGUUUUAACGUAAAGUUAGCCAUUUCCUGAAUUUUCCGGUUAAGCACCCUGGGUUUAUUAAACUGUUUUUUAUUUAUUUAUUUAUUUAUUUGUUCGUGCCGGGAUAUCGUCAUUUGUAACAUCUUUAAACUGGCAAUGAGAUAUAGGCAACGUUGACAAGGGAUUUUUAAUUUCACACGUGGUAGAAUAUAAUUAAUAAUUUGUCAUUGAUGAUAUUUAGAGUGCUGCAGGUCUUGGCAGAAACGGCAGCUGCGCCAUAUUGGCCUUUCUUAGUCUAAUUAUACUUCCCGCCAAGAAUCACUGUUUUCACGCUCUAAAUUGUGACUUUUAGGAAUGGGUUGUCGAUUUCUUCGAAUCUUCAAUCAACGUUCCAUCAAAAAAGCCAUCUUCUUUGGGAUUGUUAUAACAACCGUUUAUAUCACUUGGACAGUAUACACCUUGACGGGAGGCAAGACACCUUUUUUUGAAAACCUCGAACAUGACGACAUACGACACUUUCAGCAGCAGUGGUGUACAAUGCAAGGAUGGCGGGUAGACUGGGAGACAGUGGUUAAACCGUGUGUCGGAAAAGUAGCCUGGGACGAGCGAAAAGUAAACUCUGAAUGGAGGACUGAUGCGUAUAACAGUUUUAUUAAGAAAUGGGACGUACAACCUGCAGGUAAAUAACGGAUACAAAUUCCUGAACCUUCAUUUUUUGUAACAUUUUUCUAUAAACACCAGGUAUUGAAAGGGACAAUGUAUUAAAUAAGCCGCCUCGCCCCCCCCCCACCCCCCGCCCCCACCGUUAGUCAUUUAAGCAUCUAUUUGUAAAAUAAUGAAUUAGGAGUUGAAAGACGCCUUUUAAUAACAGAGAUUGGAACCUUUAUUCAAUAAACACUAGGCACGAAGAAAUUGUAGUUUUUUUGAAGCAAAAUGCGGGUCCUCCAAGCCAAAUUGUAAAUUAACGUCGCUAUCGUUCAAUCAGCCAUUUGCUCGUGGAUGACGUCAUUGUACUACUUCUUCCAGAACCCUUUGGGGUUUUGCUUUCUUGUGCAUAUUUUAUUCAAAGGCCGGAGGAUUAGGAACUUUAAAUGUAAAAAGAAAAACGAAAUGGAUUCUGAUCGUGUUGGUGAAAUGAUAAAUUUACACGGUCUAUUAAGAAAAUACUGCACAGGGUAGUGAAUAUAAAUUAUACACCAGAUUUGUGUUAUUUUCAACGCAAACAUCAUUUCUUGCUAGGACGACUGAAUCCUCUUCUCCGAAAAAUUGUAGUAGUUCUUUUCAGUUCUUUGUAGAUACAGUUGUAAAAAUUAAGCGACAACGUCAAUCGUUAGUGCCUUGUUUGCAGUGGAAGUGCACCAUAGCUACACCGGCUACUUACAGGUACUCCACUCAUAUAAUUUCAAAGAAAUAAAACAAAUAUUAAAAAACAUAACAGGAUUAAAAAUAACCCAUCUAGCAAGAGGCAUUCAGAUAGCUAUUUUAAAAUUUUGACCGAGAAUUUGAAGUUGGGAUGACCGAAAAAUGAAAUCCUGUUAGUGGAUAGUGGAAUCAAACUUGGGACCACUGACCACUCGGCUACGCUGAUUUAGUUCUAAAUGUUUGCGUUCAUUUUGAACAACAAAUAUUUCUUUACAGGAUAUUUUCUUUAUCAUUUAGGUCACUUUAGUCGUUUCUUCAUUCAGUCUGUUACAAAAGAAGGCAUUCAUAAGAAUUUUGGUGGCGAUGCGUGGCGAGUGUACAUAAGAGAAGGCCCAGCAUCCCUUGCGCCACAAGUGUUGGACCAUGACGACGGGGUAUAUGAGGUGGUAUUCUUAGUGAUGGAACCUGGUAAUUACUCUGCCCAGAUUACCUUAGAUUUCACCCUUUGCGACGGUCUUCGUGAUCCACCAGAGGACUGGAUCAUAAAAGGUCUGGAGCUAAAAAAAAGUGUUUAAUAACAUUGCAUUUUAGCAGAGUUUAAGGUAGCUGAUGCAGUGAAAAUUUACUCUCCCUGCUAAAAUGCUUUCCACUUCACUUAGUGUGUCUUUGCGGCACCAUUUUGGGGACAGCAAUGUAUGUUUUUACCUCAGAUUGCCCUUACAGCCCUCAAAAGAUAAACAGUAAAAAGGUCUAUUAUCUAAUGUAAGGUUUUAGCCAGAGCUAAAAGCGAAGCCUCCGUUUGCAUACUUAAAAAAAAGCAAUUAACUUUAAACUAAAAAAAACUCUACUGGCCACCAGAAAGAAAUGUUCAAAUCCCUAUUUAACUUUAUAAGCCUUAGGCAUCAGUUUACCUUUCGAGGGAGGGGUUGGGUGAUUACGAAAAAAUAUCCCGCAAACGCACCUGAAAUGAAAAAAUUCUCCAAGCUAGCUAAAAGUCGCAUGUUUACAACAAAAGUGCGAUCAGAGUGGGAGAAUUCUUCCAGACUCCAUCAUCGAACCCACCCUCUUUGCAAAGUUAUAGGUCUCUUCAGGAGCAGCAAUUUGCAGGUUGCAAUUUCUAGGGUGAGAAUUUCUGUCUUAAGGGAAGAACUAAAAGAAAAAUCAAGCCGACAUCUGUGCUCCCUUAAGCUCAUGAUGUGUUUUCUUAUCGGGCCCGGACGAACAGAUAUGUGUAGCUUUUACAUUUAUACCUCACAGUAUCUGAGAGAAUUUUUUUUCCACAUUAAGGUAUUGUCUGUUUUCUUUGAGGAAAUACCUAGGACAGCAAAUAACUCAUUUAACCUUUAUCGCUACUUAUUCUUUAACCUACACAAAAUGUGCGGUACGUGUUCAGGUGUUGUGCUGUGCAUUCACUGAGAAACGUGCGAUAGACUUAUUUACAAACUAUAAUACGCUACAAAUUAAAAAUGAUACAGCAACCUUAAAAUGCAAAACUUUGGUAUUGAAAACCACCGCAUGGUGAACACGCACAAGCCAUUUUGUUGAAAGUGGAUAUCCUAACUAAGGUGUCAAAUCCUUUUCCACUACCCCCUAAAAACCACCAUAGAUAUACUAAGUAGAAAGUUGUAAAGCCUUUUGAAACAAUAGGGACAAUAACUCUCUAGGGGAGGAGGGUUGAAAUUCGUGUCCACUUAGUCCCUCCCUGCCAGUGCGUACGUGCGGACGGGUGGACGGGCGGGUGCAAUGGCGGACGUCACUGACAUCAUAACCAAAGUUUCUUGCAUCGAUAGUUUUUCAUUUUCUAAUAGUAAUAUUCUAAAACUAAUAUUCAGCAUAAAACAUUUAUUAAAACAGUAAUUUAAGAAAUUAUUCAUUUUUUAAAUCACUUAAUAAAAAGGGACAAAUCAAGCGAAACACCACAAAGAUGGGACCCUGGGAUACAUUGGCGAUGACUACAUACUAGAACCGAUUGGAGGACAAAGCGUAGUUGCAUUUUAUGUCCCAGAAAACACACAUAACACUCAGAAGUAUAUUUCAGGUAACAGUCUAUCUUGUUGUAAGAUAAGAACUUGUUUCAUGAGCCCAGUACCUUCCAUUAAGACAGAGUCAGGAAAAACUAAGCGGAUUAUUUCAGUUUGAAUCGGCUCAACCAUUCCUCCCGCGCCCUAGCUUAGUUAUUUCGACUUUGGAAUGCCGAUCUUUUGCCAUAGUGGCAAUCCUAAUGUAUAUCAGUUACAGUAUAUUUGCCUCUAUUACGUUCGACCAAGUCAGAGAUCGGCCUUCACUUGCGUUCAUGAAAGAGGAGGAGCCGAAACCAAUAAGAAUAAAGUGGCAGCGAAGGAAACAUCAAAACAUUCUAGCUUGCUUUCACAGUCGGAAUAUUUGAAUGCGUUAAUCCGUAAAAGAUAGGAUUUUCCUGUAAACAAAACGUCUCCGCAUAAGAUAAGGAACUACAGUUAUCUGAUUAUUUUUAGGCAAUUAACAUGGCUUUGUUUACUGAAUCUUCUCAGUUGUUAAAGCAUCAACUUGUGGAAUAACUUGCAACCUGUUACAGAACGGGUUCGGCAGAUGGGUCAACGGUGUGUGGCAACCAUUUAUAGGUUUGUACUCUAUUGUUACGUAAAUACAUAAUUUCAUUUGAUAAUUGACUGCGUUCGAAAAUAUUGAUUACAAUUUUAAUGUUAUCAAAGUGCGCCAAAAUAGCUUGAGUAUAACCGCGCCCUCAGCUUCAACAGGAAAAAAUCGAGGAGUCCAGGCUACGUUUUGUAUGUCUGGGACAAAUCGAGUGCCACAAAGGGGUUUGUGGGUCACUUUUUUAGUGUUAUGAGUGUCUUGUGUUAUGAGUCAAUCUAUUUACGUCACAUGACGUCACAGACAGAAAUCACCUGUCAAAUCGGACCGCUUGUUUAAGCGGCACUUUUUAGGGAUAAUUCGCGUGUUUUGAAGACGGAAACGACAGGUUUUGCAAGACUUCUAACGAGUUUAAUUUUUCUGCAUACUGACGAAUUGAAAAACAGCAGCAAAAGUACACUUUACAGUCUAACGAUUCAGCCACUACAGGCACUAGACCUUGAUCAGAUCAAAUCGACACCCCUUGCAAAACUUCACGUCAUCGCAGAAGCAGCACCAACAUUAACUACCUUAGAAAUGCUUUUAACCAAUUCACAUCAAUUCGUUUUAUUAUCUUUAGUUUAUCAUUAUUAUUACUAUUAUUAUUAUUAUUAUUAUUAUAUUAUUAUUAUUAUUAUUAUUAUUAUAACAAUUAACGAACUAUCUUUUUUUACUUUAACUCAUCUUAGUUUUUCUUUAUUCGUAUUUUUAUUUUUUUAUUAUUACUUAACAGCUUAAGACGAGACAAAGAAAAAAAACUAGGUCCAUGAUAGUAAAGCCCCGUGCAAUCAGAAUACACUGAAAAUUACACGUACUUGUACAAGCUUAAUUUUGCCUUGGGUUAUUCAACCCGCACUUUUGAUAAAAAUCAUUCGUGCGAUUUCAAAAUCGGACAACGGCGCUGCGCGAGUUAGAUUUGAAAUAACAAAAUCGGGGAGUCCAGGCUACGUUAUGUAGGUCCGGGCUGAAUCGAGUGAACAGACACUUGCUAGACCUGAGAACCAUUAGAAGUGAACCAAUCUCACUGAUCUCAGUAUGCAGCACCUCUCCAUUCAUUAUCAUCACCAUUUCUACCAUUGACGCAGGUUCAUUUCAUUUCGCUCUCUGGAGUCCCAGACACGACUCCAGGAAACAAGACUCUGCAAGUCAUAUUGAAGAAUGAAGCUGUUUUAUUUUGGCAGACAACUCUCCAACAACAGCAGAGGCGCUGGACAAUCCCUUCACAAAAGCAGAUGCUCUUUGUAUCUAUGGUGAUUCAAUAGCUCGGUAUUUCUUUAGAUCCCUGAUAUCGCGUGGAAUUUGUGAAAGGUUUUUUAAAAAGUGCAUUGAAGCAUACAUGAAGAUAAACCAGGUAUGGAACAAAAAUUCUUAUACCAAAAAAAAGGAUUGGUUAUAAGCCGGCCCGCCCGCCUUUAAGCCUCCUUCCUAAGCCCAUCUACUUGUAAAAGAAAUGUUAUUCCGGUUAUAAACCCUCCUCCCAAUUAUUAAAAAAGAUAAGUUAUCAACCUUCCUGGGUCUUUUCGCCAGAGGAAACAAAAAGCAUAACUUACAGUAAAGGUUACUGAGUACAGUCAACUCCCUCUAAGACGGACACCUUUGGGACCGGCAGUAAGUGUCCGUCUUAGAGAGAUUUCGGUCUUAUAGAGAGUCAAAUAAAGGGAGUAAAGAAAGGCAGGGACCAACUUUAGGGAGUUGUCCGUCUUAUAGUGGUGUCCGUUAAGAGAGAGUCGACUGUAUCAGAUAUUUUGAUAAGGGUAGUUUUAACACGUAACGGUUUGUCGGUCCAAUUUUGCAAGGCCAAGGAAGCUUAUUCUAAACACAAAAAUCGGCCUAGUUUACCAUUUGGGUAGAAUCCUUUUUGGACGGAAAGAUUGACCUAUAAACAGAAAGUGUGAACUGCACGCAGCCAAAGGGUUUCGUGAAUGACAACCAUUCUUUGUAAAACAUUAAAUCUAUGAGCUGUUAGCUUCUCAAAGGGGUGUGGUGGAGCAGGGAGGAGGGUGGGUUCGCUGAUGCAAACGUAUGGUAAAAAUUCUUUUUCAAGACCAUUCAGCUGUGAUCGAAUUUGAUUUAUUGAAAAGUUAGGUACAAAUUGUUUGGUCUUAAGUAAUUAAAAGUAUCUAAAGUGGGACGAUUCGCUUUCAGCCUUGGCUAAAUUUAUCUCUGAUAUAUUAACUUUAAUGAAUUGACCACUGGUUUUCAGUUCCACUUAGCGAGGAGCAGUUAAAUAGAGGUUAAAACGAUAAAAUAGAAAGUUUCGAUGUAGGUGGCUACUUGAUUGUGUUCAGGCUAACAUGUAUUGAGGGAAGCGAUUUCCGGUAAUUGGCGAGUCAUUUGCUCGUUUAGUAAAUGUGUAGAGAGAGCUACACGGCUUAGCAACCAGCAUCUUGAAUUCAAGUCGUUGAGUUUAUAAUUACUGCAUUAAAAUAACCUACAUUUAACUGAAACAGACGAAACAUAGAAUAUUGUAUGUAUUUAAAGUUACUAACACGAUAUCAAAAAUGUUGUUUCUCAGGUUUAUGAUUAUGUUACUAACUUUUAUAAGGAUUUAACUAUGUAUAUGCUACACCAAUUAUCUUUCAGCAAACAUACCAAACGACUCCAACAAACGAUUUCAACAAACUUGUCCUUCAGCAUAUGUCAGAGUUUCUUGAUUCUCCAGAUUUGAGUAGUAACCACAGUGUGUUUGUAUUUAACCUUGGCGUUCAUUUCUCAAUAUGGCUCAAUUUCACAACUUACAAAGACCUCAUAGAUAGCGUGAUAAGAAUGUUAAGGAGCAGGUUUGCUGAUGAGCACAAUAAUAAACCCAUUGUUAUAUGGAAAACAACAACAUCCAUUGAAAAAGAGAAGACUCACCCGAAGAAUUUGACUCAUUGGAGAUUCCAUACUCAUCAGGUACAACAUUAUGCCUUCCAUCAACAACCCAUUACAGUAGAAACCCGCGCAUAAGAACCUCUAGAGGUUUUAAGAACCUGUUAGGCUAAGAUUGCCCAUUUAGACCCCUUUUACAUAAGAACCUGUUUUAGCCUACAAUUUUGAAACAGGUUCUUAUUUUGAGAAAUUCAGUCAAACACUGAAUGCACAAAUUUAAUAGAACAAAAUCUACCAGUUAGUAAAAUGAAGAUAAAACACAGUACCAUGUUUUAAUGUUGUUUUUGUUCUGUUUAGUUAGCUCAGAUUACAGGGCUUUUUUUACCGUAUUAUGCAUGCAAUACAAAAAGGCAACACCCACCAAUGACAAACACCUUAUUUAUUUUUAAAAAUAUGGAACUUUUUAAGAACCUGAGUAGCCUAAUUUUCCAGUUAACACCUUUUUUUAUAAGAACCUUCUUAGCCUAGCUUGGAAAAACUUAGGCUCUUAUACGCGGGGUUUUACUGUGCAGGGUGCGUUUAGUCUACAGGUAUUUAAAUACGGCUGAGUAUGAUGAAAUCAGCCGAAGAGAGUUAUCUACUCAGUUAUGAAGAAUUAUUAAAAACUUAAUCAUUGGAUAAUGCAAUUCUGGCGCUCUGAUUGGCUUUAGCCAUCAUGGAAAAUGAGCCAUUAUACUGUGCUCUCCAAAUAUGGUAUCUGUACGCGUCUGCUGAAAAUUAAAAACAAGCUGAGAAAAGGUUGUUUUUACAAAUAAAGUCGGGAAUAAUUCUCCAUAUUUUGUGUGCAUUUUUAAUAAAACAAUUAUUCCACUCUCGCUUGUUGGAUAUUAGAUGAUUAUGGCCAACUCAUAUCCAACGCACACUCGUGGAAUAACUGUUAAAAAUUUCCUUUUUUGGCUGUUGUCGCAACAGAGGGGCAUUCUGCCUGCGCAUGUGCGAGCUAUUCUGGAACAACUGAAUCCUACCGCCAUUGUUUACACUUGAGCGCGCAGUGGUGGUUUUAGCUCGAUGAUCUGAUCGUGUUGUAGCUGAUGUCAUGGAUCGAGAUGAAAGAAAGUAAAAUGGCUGCAUACUUUGGUAACGCUCUGGAUUGUUAUGGUGCUUCGUGCCAUUUUCUGUGAGGAGAUUUUAGCGAUCAAAAUGCGUAUCAAAGCCAAGAAAUAGGAUAAGCAUGGGUGUUUAAAACACAAUCAGCCGACACUCAGGAUGCUUGCAGAAGAAGAAAACCUUCAAAGGUCAGUCUCGACAUGAUGAUAUUUAUGUUGUGUAAAUUUGGGAGUUGUAUAUUUUGUCGAUUGUUAGUAAUAAGGCUCUUUUCCGCAGAGAUUUUUAUGCUUUGUUCGGAAUUUGAGUCAUCUUUGAAGUCAAAUUGCUUAAAACUUCACCGCUCCCCCAACCUCGAAGUAUAUCUAUGAAAAGUGUUUUUCCAUUUCUUUACAGCUGUCUUGGAUUCCAAAAUUUAAAAAAUGUACCGCCAUCAGGAUUUAACUUUUCCUGCCAGUACGUUUGGUGCAUUUCCAUCGGGCAAUAUGUGGCAACCUUUCUCAAGUUGUGGAUCGCGGCAUUGUUCAUUGGAUAUGCCGUUUCAAUGCGCUUUACGAAAUAUUAUGUGAUUCUUAUUUACGGCUAUGAUAGCCUCAUGAACUCAAGUUUCUUAAAUGUUCUCUUAGCGAAACACUUUUUAACUAGGUAUUUGUGGAUGCUGAAUUUUGCCCUGCAAGGGUUCGUGUGAUAUGAAGUGACAAAAAAGCUUUUUAUUUCACGGUCCCCCAAUUUCUUUUUACUUCUAGUGAAUAGCUUAUUCUUUCCCUUACCAGCUUAUGUAGGUUGUCCACUCAGAAAAAAUGCAUGCUGUUGGCGCCACUGAAUUUUUCAACUUCAUUUUCUGUGAAAUAUGGCGUGUUUCUGAAGACAUCCCAUUCGAACUCUCGUUAGCUAAUAGCGCCAUCUCCACCUGUCCUACGAAGUGCCGGCCUGUUUCUUGCCGAACGUAGUAUUUUGCCAUUAAAAUAACCGUUGCUGAGUAAUAUGACAAAUUCGGAACUUGAUUUUAAUGCUUUUGUCCAGGAUAUAAACUACAUAUUCGAACUAAAAGAAGCGAUGUGUUUAAAAUGACAUUACGAAUUAAACUGGUGAAUUACUUCUGUACAGACAUUACUUUGAGCUGCAUUUCAGUUUACCUCUGCUAUUUUACCAUCAAAAGAACAUCCAAAUGGUUAUUACAGGUAUUUCUUUCCUUACUGGUAUUUUAAACCGAUAUUUCUAAAAAGACAACAAACCGUACACGGCUAUUUUGCAUUUAAUAUUUUUUGUUUUGGUUUUGCUCAAAAAGAGCGGGAAGCGGACGCGCGCGCGCCACGUGCGGGCGCGUUUCAGCGGCUACUUAUAAAAGCCUCUUUGUACUGCACAUGCGCAGACAGAAUGCCCCUCUGUUCUGUUGUCGCCAUUAUCGCUAUCAUAACUGUAGCUCUAGCAGUUGUUGUUGUGACAACGGUAAAUUCUACUGUCAGUUAUUGUCAGUGUCCUUGUCAUUGUACACGGGUUUUACUAUCAUCAAACUAUUGUUGGGAAAACAGUGCAAGGGGCCAGAAGGUAUCAAUUAACAAAUUAUCAUUACUCUUCUCAGUCCCUCCCCUACUGUGCAUGCGCAGAUAUUAACAUGUCUAUAUUUUUUAAUUUUAAACAUUGAACAGUAAAACCAUGACUAAAAGCCGAAAUAAUUAAUCCCUUUUUUAUAACUUUUAACAGCUGGCUCAGGGCUACCAAAGCACCCUGACUCUAUUACAGCAUCUCCAAUUUAAAAGAAAAUUAACAUUCUGAAUAAGACCAACCCUCAGCAGUUUGCUCCUACUGUAUGGAUAUAGUUUUCUCUGUUGUGAUGAACAGUGUAUCGGAAAAAGAAGUCCAAAAACAUGAAAACAUGUAGGGAGCAACUCGUUUCAAAGACAUAACUUCAUAUCUACCACGGCUUCAGUUUCCUUAAAGAGGUUUGCUAGUGUACUUAACUUCGGUUAGAUUCUGUAUUUAUUUCCUGUCAGUUUUCAAUUUUGUGUAUGAUUGUGCGAUUCCUUUUUCUCCUCAGAGACUGGAGUUGUUUCAUAAAUACGCGACUAACGCCAUGUGCAAGGCAGGUAUUCCUGUGUUGGAAGUGUAUCCAAUGACCGCUUCGUACCCUAAUGGAACACUAGAUCAUGUGCAUUACAGUGCAAAUGCGCAGAGGGCGGCAGAGGAUCAACUGUUAGCAUUUAUUGUAGAAAAAUUGAAGGAUAAACCUACUUAACGAGAUGAUGCGUUGACUGUUUAUCAUUAGUCCUCACAUGGGUUAUAGAAAAACGAAAAGUCUUUUCAUCGGGCAAAAAAACAUUGGCAUUUGAGUAAUAACAUUGCUUCGUGCUUUUUAAACCGUUAGCAAUUUACCAGUUUGCAAGCGUGCGAUCGGCAGGAGAUGGUAGAACAACAGUCAACGGUGACAAGAUGAAAAUAGACGAGGAUGAUUAUGAUAUCAUGUUUCAGCUUAUGAUGGAUCGUGCCAGAUGCUCUGCUCAAAUCUUAUAAUAAAAGUGGCAGGUUGACAAGUUUCCCAUUCAUAGACAUCCAAAUAUCAUUU